AUGGCCUCCAGAUCAAGAAUACAGCCACUCCUCCGGACGGCGGUGCGGAGGCAGUCGCUCCUGAGCGCCGGUGGUCGGCACGCUCUGCGGCCAGUUUCGACCCCGGUUGCCGCCGCCCGCUGCAUUGCGACCACCGUCGUCAGACCCUCCUCUAAGGCCGACGGCCUCAAGGAGAUCAAGCUCACCUCCGCUGCGUACCCGGACAUUAAGCGGGACUCCCGCUUCGCCGAGGUCACCGACGCCCACGCCGCCUAUUUCAAGGACCUUCUGGGCCCCUCUGGCGUCAUCGACGGCGUCACGGCCGACGCGGCCGACGACAUCGCCGCCUUCAAUGAGGACUGGCUGCGAAAGUACCGCGGCCAGUCGCGCCUCGUGCUGAGGCCCGCCUCCACGGACGAGGUCAGCAAGAUCCUCGCCUACUGUAACGAGCAGAAGCUCGCCGUCGUGCCCCAGGGCGGCAACACGGGUCUCGUCGGCGGCUCCGUGCCCAUCUUUGAUGAAAUCGUCAUCAGCAUGGGCCGCAUGAACCGCAUCCAUUCGUUCGACGACGUCAGCGGCACCCUUGUCGUCGACGCCGGCGUCAUCCUCGAGGUUGCCGACCAGUUCCUGGCCGAGAAGGGCUACGUCUUCCCGCUGGACCUGGGCGCAAAGGGCUCAUGCCACGUCGGCGGCAACGUUGCUACCAACGCCGGAGGCCUGCGCCUGCUCCGCUACGGCAGCUUGCACGGCAACGUGCUCGGCCUCGAGGCCGUGCUGCCGGACGGCACCGUCGUCGACGACCUUUGCACGUUGCGCAAGAACAACACGGGAUACGACCUCAAGCAGCUCUUCAUCGGCGGCGAGGGCACCAUCGGCAUCAUCACAAAGGUAUCUGUCAUCUGCCCGCAGCGCUCCAAGGCCGUCAACGUCGCCUUCUUCGGCCUCGAGUCGUACGAGAAGGCCCAGCAGGCCUUCAAGGCCGCCAAGGGCCAGCUCGGCGAGAUCCUGUCAGCGUUCGAGCUCAUGGACGCUGGCAGCCAGGACCUCGUCCACGCCGUGCGCCAGAAUAAGCGGCCCCUCGAGGGCGAGCACCCGUUCUACUGCCUCAUCGAGACGAGCGGCUCCAACGGUGACCACGACUACGAGAAGCUCGAGGCGUUCCUCGAGAACGUCAUGUCCAACGAGAUCGUCUCGGACGGCGUACUCGCGCAGGACGAGACGCAGAGCAAGGCCCUCUGGGGGUGGCGUGAGGGCAUCCCCGAGUGCCUCGGCCACUGGGGCGGCACGUACAAGUAUGACGUGUCGAUCCCGCUCAAGGACCUAUACCAGCUCGUUGACGACACCAAGGCCAAGAUGGAGGCCGCCGGGCUCGUCGGGAACACGGACGAGUUCCCUGCCGUGGGGGUUGUCGGCUACGGUCAUAUGGGUGACUCGAAUCUGCACCUCAAUGUCGCCGUCAGACGGUACGACAAGCGCAUCGAGAAGAUCCUCGAGCCUUUCGUGUACGAGUGGAUCCAGGAGCGUCAAGGCAGCAUCAGCGCCGAGCACGGUCUGGGCGUGGCGAAGAAGAAUUUCAUUGGAUACAGCCGAAAUGAGACUAUGGUCGGGCUUAUGAAGCAGAUCAAGAACCUGUACGACCCGAAUGGCAUCAUGAACCCUUACAAAUACGUCUAA